CCCACAUAUUUGUUUGGUAUGAAUAGCCCAGCCCAUUAGGGUAGAGAGCAGAAGUACAAAACCCUAGCAACAUUUCUUCUCCAUCACCUUCUAUUGCGCGGCACCAGAAUGGCGAAAGAGGAAGUGAAAUCAGUUGUUCCUGAAUCGGUUUUGAAGAAGCAGAAAAGGAACGAAGAAUGGGCUUUGGUGAAAAAGCAAGAACUUGAAUCAGCUAAGAAGAAGAGAUCUGAAACUAGGAAACUCAUUUUGAGUAGAGCCAAACAGUACGCUAAGGAAUAUGAUGAACAGCAAAAGGAGUUGAUUAGGUUGAAGCGUGAAGCUAAACUUAAGGGUGGAUUUUAUGUUGAUCCUGAAGCUAAGCUCUUGUUCAUUAUCAGGAUCAGAGGUAUCAAUGCUAUGGACCCAAAAUCAAGGAAGAUUUUGCAGCUUUUGCGUUUGAGACAGAUCUUUAAUGGUGUCUUUCUCAAAGUCAACAAAGCCACUGUGAAUAUGCUCCACAGGGUAGAGCCAUAUGUUACAUACGGGUACCCUAAUCUGAAGAGUGUCAAGGAAUUGAUCUACAAGAGGGGUUACGGCAAAGUGGACAGACAAAGAAUUCCUUUGACAGACAACUCUAUCAUCGAACAGGUUCUCGGGAAGCACGGGAUCAUUUGCAUUGAAGAUCUGAUUCAUGAGAUACUGACAGUUGGUCCUCACUUCAGAGAGGCAAAUAACUUCCUGUGGCCUUUCAAGCUCAAAGCUCCCCUAGGUGGUUUGAAGAAGAAAAGAAAUCACUAUGUUGAAGGCGGUGACGCUGGCAACAGGGAAGAUAAGAUCAAUGAACUCAUUAGAAGGAUGAAUUAGUUUUUGUCAUAUUGUGUUGUUAAGAUUAAUCAUCGAGGUUGAGAUAUUGUUUUUUCUUAAUUUCAGUUUUGCUUUAAAAGAUUUUCAUCUGUUGUUUGAACUGAUGUCUUGCCUGAAGUGCAGUGAAAAAUUCUACUUUUACUUAUUUAUCACUAAUUUUGGUAAAUUUAGUUUCAAUGCUUACUCUGA